AGAAUCACUAGAACAAGAGGCUGGUCUUAUGUCAAGAGAGGCUGCACCUGGAACCGUUCAAAAAAUGGCGGACUUUACAGACGAUGAUGAAGUGAUAGAUGGAGACGAUUUUUACGCUAUAUUGAAUGUCCGGAAAGAGGCCUCAAGUGAUGAAAUUCGAAAUGCAUACAAACGCAUGUGCACCUUAUAUCACCCAGACAAGCAUCAAGGUCAAGAGAAGAAACAGGUAGCUGAAAAGUUGUUUAAUAAAGUUGGGAAAGCUUAUGAAGUUUUAAAUAACCCUGAUAAAAGAGCAAUCUAUGACAUUUAUGGUCACAAAGGACUCUUGGCCGGUUGGGAGGUAGUUGAAAGACACAGGACGCCACAAGAGAUACAAGAUGAAUAUGAGAGGCUUAGAAGGCAAAAAGAGGAACAAAGGCUUCUGCAAAGAACAAACCCAAAAGGAUCCAUCAGCGUCACAAUAAAUGCCACAGAACUUUUUGACUCGUAUGAAGAUCAAUACUAUGAUGACGUUGAAAGGGGAUUCCCGAAUAUCGAAGUGAAAGGAAUGUCCAUACAACAGUCAAUCGAGGCACCACUCACGAGAUCAGAUACCGCUGUCUUAUCAGGUGCGCUGCAGGUUCAAAAUGGCAUAGGUACCGGCAAUGUUGGCCUGACAGUCAGAAGGGUGGUAUCACACCAGGCAUGGGGAGAGAUCGAUGUCCGCAUUGGAGAUGGUCCAAAGGUCCAAAUUAAAGGUUUUCGACAUUUAACCAAAAAGAUGUAUGGAACAGUCUCGCUUGUUUCACAAUUCAAACAAAAUUUCAUGUCAGCUGGACUUCAAGCUAUGAUAAUGAGGCAGCUCGGCAAUCAUACAACUGGCUAUCUAACAUGGGUAGGAGGCUUUAAUUCUGCCAUGACUGCAACAAUCGACCACCGGAUAGAACACCAUCAUCUGAAUGGGACACUUCAACUGGGAGUGGCAAAUACGUUUGGAAUCCUGAAUUACCAGUAUGUGCCUGACAGCGAUACCAAAGUCAAGGCAUGUGUUAAAUAUGGUCUGGUGUUCGGUCCGAUUCUCGAGUACGGCUACGACCAUCAGGUCACGACAAACAGCCGACUUGCUGCUACCAUGAUAGUCGGACCCGUCACUGGUGUCACUAUGAAGUUGAAACUAGUUCGCUUCGGUCAAGUGUACAGUUUUCCAGUAAUGCUAUCGGAAGCAGUGUCACCAUCUGCUGUGUUCUAUGGCUCAGUCGUUCCUCUUUUGGCCUACUGGUCAAUAAAAGUCUUGAUAAUCAACCCGUUCAAAAAGAAGGAAGAGGAAGAGGAUAUACAGAUGCAAAGAGAGAAAUAUGCUCGUCAAACGGCCGAAAAACGAAGGCAGGCUGAGGAGGCCGUAGAACUGAUGCAGGAUGUAUACCGUCGGUCGGUGGAGACAGAGCAAAACAAAAAAGGACUUGUCAUAUUAAAUGCUUGGUAUGGGCAGCUUGUCACCACCGAAAGGUCUGAAGUCGACACACCAAAAGUUAUUGAUGUCACAGUACCCUUACAGUGUCUUGUUAACGGUUCUAAACUUAUUCUUACAGAAGCUAGUAAAGCCAAUUUAAGUGGGUUCUACGACCCGUGUAUUGGUGAAGAAAAAUCAUUAAAAUUAGUUUACGAGUUUAGAGAAUUAUUACACGAAGUUGUUAUCAAAGACGACGAAACUCUACGGAUUCCAUUGCAGUCUCACAAACGAGACAAAUAAAGUCGCCAUCUUGGUAUAAGGUCCCUCAGCUUGGGCCUAAGCCGACCCAGUCUUAAUUGGAGCGCGUUCGUGUGCAAACACUUCAAAAGUCGUGUGCUCUGUGAUAGUGUGACUUCAUUGUGAUGACAAGAGUCAUUUUUGGUUUGUCACAAUAGUCUGCUGAUGUCAUUGCCUCGGAAUCACUUGCAGACUUCUGCGUAAAAUGAAAACAGCCUAAUCUUUCCUUAUAUCCUUUUUGACAAACCGGGAAAGUGUGUUUCACCUCUAAAGAAAUGGAAAUGUACAUAUAGAAAUUGGUAUCCCGCUCGAAUAUUUCCUGUUUCAUUCCUCAAAAUGAAGAAAUUAAAUUCCCAUCUUCAUAGCAUUCAAGUCCAUACAAUUUACCCGCGUGCAGAUAUAUCUCUAGAAAUAACCACACAUCACUUUUGCCGAAUGUAAUUUUGGCAUCUCUAAAGUCAAUAUUUAUUCUCGUGAAGAAAUCGUGUAAAACAAUUGAUUAAAAAGAUUUAAACUAAGUUACCUCCAAUAAAUAAACAUUAAUCGAAAAGGAAUACAUUAAUAACAUUUAUUAGUAUCAAUAUUAUUAUUAUUUUCAGCAUCAGCAAAACAUUAACUUGAACUAUCUAUCAUUUGAUUUGUGGGACCAGUCUUUUCUUGACUGCAUCAGCUGAUUCUAUAUUGAAGAUUUAUCUGUAUAACUCUCUGCCUACUUUGUUUAUUUAGAAAAUCCACAACUGUGGGUAAUUGAAUUGAAUAGGUAACACAGUCAAAGUAGCUUUCCACAACCCCUGUUGUUUUAUUUAACUACAAAAUGUUAGAUGUUCUUUUGAUCAGAUGCUUCUUUUACUGCAGUGUUAAA